AUGGCGAGAAAGGAAGCGGAUGCAAGAGCUCCAAGCCAUGAGAUGCAUACACAAGAUGACGAUGACUCUUCGCAAAGAAAAAAGGAAAAUAAACAAAUGGAGAAGCCUAAUGUAGUCGACAAAAAAAUAGUGUCUAAUCCAGAACAACAUGAUGAACAGAAAGAAUUUCAAAAAGAAUCUGCGACUCCGAAGAGAAAUAAUCUGAAGUCUCCAUUAACUCCGAAAACUCCGAGUCCCAAUCCAAGUCCGAAUAAACGAAAUCAAAAUAGGCCGAGUCGGGAAAAGAAUGGACAAGAAAGGAGUGUAGAUAAGGAGAGUGGAAAACAGUUUCGGUCAAAAAAAAGACCAUCAGUAGAGAAAGAUUGUAAAGAGUCCUCUUCAUCCCCUCCGAAAACGGAUGCAGCGAAAGAGAUGACGAACUCUUCAACUUAUGGUUCUUCUUGGCACGAGGGUCGGCAUGAUAAGAAAGAUUUGAAAAUUCUCGAAGAAUUUAUUAGUAAAAUGCCCAAUUAUCAUGGAUAUAUUUGUAGAGAAGACGUAACGAUUCUGCUGAGAAAUCCGGGUGAUUGGUUGAUUCGAUUAUCAGUUAAAGCACCAAAAGAAAAGGAAAAUGAGAAAAAGAAAGGAGCAAAAAGUGUGGAAAGAGGAGUGAGGAAAACGAAAGAGAAAUCAAGUUCCAAGGCUUUCGUCGUUUCUGUUCACUGUAAAGGGAAAGCGGUGUCUCCUGGCAAAUCGGAUCAUCGAAAUUUAGUAAUAAAGAUGAACGAUGCGAAAUUCUCACUUGAUUCUAUCAGUUGGUUCAUGAAAAUAGCUGAUCUCUUCAGUUAUUAUCAGAAGAGUACGACGACUCAUAAAGAGGGAGAAUUUCAACUUCUGAAUCCAAUUCAUUUAUCCGUUUGGGAAUUUCAUCAUGAUGACAUUGAAUUGCUUGCCAAGAAACUAGGAGAAGGUGCAUUUGGAGAGGUUCGAGUCGGUCGAAUGACGACAAAAGAUCCAAAAAGAGCAGUUGGUGUAGUGGAUGUAGCUGUGAAAAUGUUGAAGAAUGCUUCUGAAUCAGUGACAAGAGAUCAAGUGGAAGAGUUAAUGCAUGAGGGGAGAGUUAUGAGACGACUAGAUCAUCCGAAUGUUUUAAGAUCUUAUGGAGUUUCAGUGCUACGAGAACCGUUGUAUUUGAUGAGUGAAUUGUGUUCAAAUGGUGCUCUACGGGAAUACCUAAAAGAGAAUUACAAAACAAUAACUCUAGCAGAUAAACUGAAUUUUGUGAUAGGAUCGGCACGAGGUGUUGAAUAUCUUCACUCUCAAAAACUGAUUCAUCGAGAUUUGGCAGUUCGAAAUAUUCUUCUUUCGGAAGAUAAAACUCCGAAAAUAUCAGAUUUCGGACUUGCUAAGUUGACGGAUCGAUACGAAAUGACCGAACAUUGCAAGAUUCCUGUCAGAUAUCUUGCACCAGAAACUCUUGAAUUAUACGUUUUCACUCCGAAAACUGAUGUAUUUUCAUUCGGAUGCGUCAUUUGGGAAAUCUAUGAAAAUGGACAACAACCUCACGAUGGAAAGAAUGCACAGACUAUUCGAGCUCAGGUCAAAAAGCGAGAAUUUUUGAAGUUGUCACCUUCAGCACCGGACUCUCUACGAAGAUAUGUUUCUGAAAAGGUUUUUGUGGCGGAUCCCGAGAAUCGGUGUUCGAUGACUGGGAUAGUCCAAUGUGUAGAGAAAGUGGAGAAGUCGGCGAAGUGA